AUGUCAAGGCCUGUUGAGAGAAUAGCAGAGAUCAACGAUGGAAAAGAGCUUUGGAAGAUUGUUGUUAGGAUUCACCACAGAUGGAAUGUUGUGUCCAACAACAAGGAACAUUUUGAAAUGAUCUUUGUUGACAAAUUGGGAGAUGAUAUUCAUGCUGUUGUUCCAGCACCACAUGUGUCGGUGUUCAUCGAAAAAUGCCUAUUAGGGCAUACUUAUACUCCGUGUGAAAUUAAUAUAUUUAUUUCAGAUGUCGUUGGAAUGGUGGAUAGUAUUGGUUAUGCACAGACUGAGUCGGGCGCAAAGAAGCAGGAAAUUAGCAUGAUGUUGCGUGACCACAGUUCAUCAGGAAAGUAUCCUCUGUCUGUGACAAACACCUACAAUGUGACCCUUUUAUGUGUUGAUGCUGAUUUUCCUGUCAUGAAAGACUUUAUUGAUAGAAUGCCUGAGGAGAGCAGGGUAACCCUGUCUGAUCAACUCAGAGGGAAUUCCCAAUAUUCCUCCCAGAGUUCUGAAAAUCAACAGCUGACUCCUGUGCAAAAAUUGUUCUCAAAGGCUGUUGUUUUACCUAUUGCUGAGAUUAUCCAACUUACGGAUAUUACAUUUUGUGCUACUGUCGCUACAACAAAAUUAUUAGUCACGUCUCCAUUUGGAUGGUACUAUCGUGCCUGUCAUAUGUGUCAAUCUAUAGCGCGUGGGGACAGCCCCCCAUUCAAGUGUGAAGCUGGUCAUGAAACCAUGGCUGAAGUCCUUAGGUAUAAGAUUGAGAUUGAGGUUACUCAUUGGGGCAAAAGCUGCAAUUUUGUCUUCUGGAACAGAGAAUGUGAAAUGCUUUUGGGUUUAUCUGCAUCCCAACUUCGUAACACUAUGAUUCAGGCUGGAAUUACUGAUCCAUUGGACUUCCCGUUAGCACUUGAUCAGUUGUUGAAGUUGGAAAUGGCUAUGAAGAUUAAAGAGAGUGUUGAUGAGGCUAAAACAAAUGCCAAUGAAGACUGUGAAUUGGUUACAGACCUGGAAAUUACAUCUGAGCACAAGCCUGAUGCUGUCACACCUGCUGGUAAGAGGCAUUUUCCUGCUGCAUCAAGUGAAUCCACUGAUUUGGACGGAUUACAUGAUGGAGAACUGUCAUCAAACAAGCUGAAGAAGAUAAUUAAAAUGGAGAAGAUUGAUUAG